AUGGCGACGAAUUUUUCACGUCUUCCACCCUUACCAUCAUUAAAGAAUUUCUUGUAUGCUUAUCGAUUACGAGCUAAGAAAAUCCUCUCGCAAAAUUAUCUAAUGGAUAUGAAUUUAACACGAAAGAUAGUAAGACAAGCGGAAGUGAAGCAAGGCGAUUGUGUGGUCGAGAUUGGACCUGGUCCAGGAUCGAUUACUCGUGCUAUUUUGGAAACGAAUUGUCGACGACUUGAUGUCGUUGAAAUCGACCAUCGCUUCAUUCCACCACUUGAGGUACUCAAAGAAGCGAGCGAAGAACGUAUGUUCAUUCAUCGGGGUGAUAUUUUAAAAACAGAUCUUGAACAAAUUUGGUCCCAAGCUGGAGUAGAACGUAUUGCUUGGGAAGAGGAUAGACUUCCGAUGGCGCAUAUCAUUGGCAAUUUACCUUUCAAUAUCGCUUCUCCACUUAUUAUAAAAUUCCUUCGUGAAAUGUUAUAUCGUCAAGGACCAUGGUCGUUUGGACGUGUCCCAUUGCUGCUAACGUUUCAGAUGGAAGUAGCAGAACGUCUUUGUGCCCCAAUUGAUUCCCCAUUUCGAGCUAGAAUUUCAAUUAUGUCUGCAUUUAUAUCCGAACCCAAAUUACUUUUUCAAAUACCAGGACGAUGCUUUGUUCCACCUCCUAAGGUUAAUGUCGGCGUCGUACGCUUUAUUCCAAGGCAGGAUCCACUGAU